AUGACAGGCGUGUUACUCGUACCAGUUUUCUUUUGUUUGUUACUGGGUGCAAACCCUGAGGCCGGUCAUGCCGAUGAAGGUCACAACGCAGAUGGCAUGGAGGUGGGUUCAGGUGGCGUGUUUUGUAAAGCUGUUGCCCGUUCAGGGAAAAUCAUGUGUGCUCGUCCUCAGAAAGGGAAAAUACAAGAUUAUAGCGAGAAAAACGUCGAUCGCAUUGUCAUUGAAUUCGACAGUUUGCAAGAGAAGAACAGUGGUGGUAACAUGGUUGGAAAAGCCGGGCGGAAAGGACAUCAAUUUGACUCGUUUGCUGGUCAAGACUUUAAUUUUGCCGGCUUGAAAGAUGUAACGUAUCAAGGGCUUCAUGCAAAAAAUUUCAAUUUCUCUUCUUCUCUACCCGGGCCGAAUGCAACCUUUACGGUUUUGGCGUACAUGUUUGAAGAUUUUGGAAACAUCACGUUCGGGAACGAGACUUCAGAGAUGAGGAAGGGCAUGCUCAAGUUUAACAUUCAGAUUGAAAACUGGAAAUUUUGCUCCAAUUUAAGUGAUGACUGCGAGAGUGCUGAUCGAGGAGAAUUUAUAGAUGUCACUUUAGUCAUCAAAAGUAGAGGAAAACCAAAGUUUCGUUCCGAAGAAGAAAAAGAAAAGGGAAAAGAAAAAGGUUCACAGGAAUACCAUCCCAGGUGCUUCAAAAGGGGGAAGUAUAACAAAUGUCCCAAAGAGUUUGAUAUCGGAGGGGGAUCAGACAUGAUGCUUAGCUCACAGGUGAUGGUGGACGAUGUUGUGAUGGAUAUGCCUGGAAAUGGUGAAUAUCCUAAGUAUAAGGAACUCGGAAACAAACAAAAAUUUAUCUUCCGAUUUCCGAAGGCUGCAAGCAAGAUUUUAUACGAUCCAGGCCUUGAAGUCGGAACGCAGUCUAGUAAUGAGAACAAAGUAGAGUCUGGAAAAGUUAACGUUCUGAUGUUCGUUACUUUCCUAGCUUACCUUUUCACUUUUUGAGGAUAAAAACCUGGCGCUUUGGGUUCGGAUGCAUAGAUAAUUACUUAAAAUGCUUUUUGAAU